GGCUGGGAGCGGGGCGGGGCCCCGGGCUGGCGGCUCGGCUCGGCGGCCGCGCCGGCCCCCUGACCCUGACCUCAGGCGGCGGCGGGUAGGAGAGGGAUGCUGUAGCCAAGCAGUGCUGCCCAAUGUCUCGAAGCACCAGCUUUUUUCCCUACUCUGCCACAGACUUCCUCAGUGAAGCUGUGUAAGUCAAGCCUGGAUCCUCAGAAGGUACCAAAUACCUACUAAGGAUCUCCUUUUGUCUCAGUUUUUCAUCCUGAAUAAGGAAUUACAGCAUUUCUUUACUUCAAGAAGAUUAUCAAGCCAGCAAGUAGGAUUCAUCAUGGUAGAAGACUUGCUUGUACCUAAAGUAAAUUGGCUGGUCCUGCUCUACCCUUCAGAAGCUUUGGCAUGCUUAGCAGACACAGUCAUCUCCCUCUCCUCACUGUCCAAGCUCUCAAAGCAUAAGACAGAAAGAUAAAUGGGUAUAUAUGACUUUUCCCCUGAUCUAAAGUGGUUCCAUGUCUUGUUUGGACUGUUCCUGUAUUCUACGUACACCAGUUGAAUCAAUCGGACCGGAAGAGCUAUCUCAGAGCAGCAUCCAUGAAUGCCUGGCUGAUUCUGAUCUAGACUGGAUUCCCCCAUCUACAGGAAGGAAUGAAAUUGUAUUUUGCUCUUCUAAUGUCUCUCACUAUGAACUCCAGCUGGAAAUAGGACGGAGGUUCAACAACUUAACUUCAGUCUACCUUGCACGGCACACACCUACAGGCAUGCAAGUUGCUGUAAGGAUCACAGACCUAGAAAAUUGCUCUGAGGAGCACUUGAAAGCCUUACAGAAUGAGGUGGUUUUAUCCCACUUUUUCCAGCAUCCCAAUGUAAUGACGCUUUGGACAGUGUUUACAGCUGGUAGUUGGCUUUGGGUCAUCUCCCCGUUCAUGGCCUAUGGUUCAGCUAGACACUUGCUGAAUACUUACUUUCCUGAAGGAAUGAGUGAAGCUUUGAUAGGGAACAUUCUAUUUGGUGCAAUCAGAGGAUUAAAUUACAUGCACCAGAAUGGCUACAUUCACAGGAAUAUUAAAGCUAGCCACAUUCUGAUUUCAGGGGAUGGGCUGGUUUCUCUCUCUGGCUUAAACAACCUCUACAGUUUAGUUAACAAUGGACAAAAGUCAAAGGUGGUAUAUGAUUUCCCCCAGUUUAGUACAUCUGUGCUUCCUUGGCUGAGUCCUGAACUACUGAGGCAGGAUUUGUCUGGGUAUAACAUGAAGUCUGACAUUUAUAGUGUUGGAAUUACAGCAUGUGAAUUAGCCAAUGGAUAUGUUCCUUUUCAAGAUAUGCCUCGCACUCAGAUGCUGCUGCAAAAGCUGAAAGGUCCCACAUAUUGUCCUUGGGAUAUAAAUACCUUCCCCCGUGGGGAAUCCAGGAUGAAGAAUUCCCGAUCAGGUGUUGAUUCUGGAAUUGGUGAGAGCAUGACACGCACAAUGACCAGUGAAAGACUACAAAUUCCCUUUUCCAAAACAUUUUCACCUGCUUUCUACAACUUGGUAGAACUUUGCUUGCAACAGGACCCUGAGAAAAGGCCAUCAGCAAGGAGUUUGCUUUCGCAUACAUUCUUCAAACAGAUAAAAGAACAAACACAGAAUUCACUACUGUCUCUAUUACCACCACCUAUUCAAAAUAACAGAUCAGAGUUCUUGGCAGUGCCCUCAACAACAGUUGGGACUAAACCUGGACAUAUUACUGCAAAUCAAGGUGAUACGGACUGGGAAUUCUAAUAAAUACCAAACAAUCAUACCUCUCCUAUGCUUCAAAGAAGGAAAAUGUGAUUUGUAUUUGCUGCUUUAGUUUGUAUGGUUAAAAUACAAUUAGACAAGGUAUACUUGAAAAGGCCAUUGAAGUGGCUGUAUUUCAUUAACUACUUCCUCUGUUGGCAUCAUGAAGCGCACCGUGCCUCACUUUCUGACCAUGAGGAAAACUAUAUAGAGAGUGGCUGAAUUCUCAUCUCCCUCUUUAAAAAUAUUUCUUAACAGGAGUGUUCCUGCUGUAAUCUUACUCCAUACUGUAUUUUCAGCUCAUAUUGCUGCAAUCCCCGUGCCUUUCUGAAUUCAGGCUUGGGUUUUGUCUGUGCCCUUACUUUAACGAUCUAUUUGUUCAUUAUCAUACACAUUAUUUUAGUCAGGAGGAAUUCUCCACCUCCAAGUCUAAAUUUGAAACUGCACAAAUUAGUUGCUUAUGCAAUAAAUGUUUCUCUUUUCACACAUCCCAAAAUAUUUUUUCACUUUAUGGCCUGUCAUACUUGCAAAAAAUCAGCUAUGCAUCAGCUUUCAUGCAGUUUUAGUACUGCAUGUUUCCCAAAGAAGCGAAGCUGUUUGAAACUGUGACUCAUGCUCUUGCAUUUGUCUAUAUUCUCAGUACAGAUUUGUGCUUUUGCAUCUCCAUUUAUUGUUGUGUCAUUUUACCAAUUAACCUAAGGACCUCUUACUGUGCAAAGUAAGACUCAAUUUAUAACAGGUACGGGUUACUUUUGAAGAAUCAUACUACAUAAUCUAAAGUUACUGUAUAUAUUUUUAUUUAUGCUGUAUUCCUGUUCACCACUAGAACUUACCAGAACCUAAUACUGUUUUCUUAAAAGAACAGGCAAUAUGCAUUAAGCAUCACUGCCACUGCUGCUGGCAAACAAGCCUCUUCUGCAAGCCGCAGUUAAAUUCCCAUGGAUAGAUUCAGCCAUAAGAAGAACCUGAGAUCCUAGUGAAUUUAUCUGUUUUAAGUCAGAUGAAAAACUGCCUUUCUUCUCCUUAUGAUUCUCUGAACAAAAGUUGUUUCUUUUAAAAAAGCUGCGUCUUCUUAAUCUGUUUUAACAAACAUUGUGUCCCAAAGCCACUAGCGCUUGACUGAUGUAAGUUCUAAAUGUAGUAAAAGUGUAUAAAUAGGUAUCAAAUGCAUUUAAAUUUUUAACAUAAACAUUCCACAUUAAUUACUUCAAGUCUUUCAUAGCUGAGUCAGUCUCCAACCGACUCUGAGAAUACCACUGGUUUGCCAGCAGCUUCACUACAAAGCCUUGAAGACUUAAUGACCAAAACACAAGCCUGAGGCAGACAUAAGAUUCUAAACAACCAUAUUAAAGUAUUAACAAAACAGUUGAUUCUACUUGUUAUGCUGUGAAGAGAGCUCUAUAUUUCAAAACCUAAUACAUGAAAUUUAAGAUUAAAAACCUUUCAAUAAACUUACCUUAUCUGUCUCCA